AUGGCUAACUACCCUUCCACACAGAUGGACUCCAACCUCAACUCCCAGCUCGGCGACACCAACAACGACCUCACCAUCUUCGGCCCCAGCGACGCCGUGUUCACCAAAUUGAAGACCCCAGGCCGAUCAUUGAACCGGCAGGAGAAGAUGCAACUCGUGCAGUUCCACAUCGUUCCCACAUUCAUCUCGAGGGAGCAAUUCGAGACGGUGGGCAAUCCCCUGAAGACGCACGCCGGGUCAGGGGACCGUUUCUUGCUGAACGUGACGGCGAGCGGGGAUUCAGUCAACGUGACGACCAGAGUGAUCAACACAACGGUGUCGGGAAACGUUUACACGAAUACCCAUCUGGUGAUAUAUCGAGUGGACGAUGUUCUGCUUCCCGCGACUAUCUUCGGCCCCAAGGAGAAAUCCCCUGCAGCGGCGGCUGCGGCGAAGAAGGUGAAGGCGGAUGAUGAGUCCGACGAUGAGGGUGAGGAUGGGGAUGGCGAUGGGGUUAGCAAAAAUGUCUCGCGGGGAGUAAUUGUGGGUUUUGGUUCUUUGUUACUUGGAAUUUGUAUUGUUCUGGCGCAAAUUGCUCUGUUUUUGUGA